GGAAUGCAGCGGACACCUGAGAGCGGCCGCCUGCCCUCGGGGCUGAAGGCGGAGGGCGUUGCUGCGAGCGCUGGGGCGGCUCCCGCACAGGCAGCCCGCGGGCCGGCCCCACUUCCCCGCAGGCGCAGGGCGGGAGGGUUCCCGCCGCGAAGGGAGAGCCGCAGAGCCGCCCCGCCGCGCCUCCUGCUCGCAGCAGCGCCGGGAGCCUCCUGCCCUCCCGCCGGCCAAGAUGGAGCAAACAUGUGAUGAUAUAGAUGAAAUGUUCAGCAAUUUACUUGGGGAGAUGGACAUGCUGACCCAGAGUUUAGGAGUGGAAAAUGUACAAACUCCAUCCCCCCAAGUGACCAACAAGGAAUUCAGCUUUACUGUAGGUUUUAAGGAUUUAAAUGAAUCUCUAAAUGCCCUAGAGGACAAAGACCUUGAUGCUUUAAUGGCUGACCUUGUAGCAGACAUAAAUGAAGUUGAACAGAGAACUUUACAAGCCCAGAAAACUUCUUCUGGCAACCAGCAAAGUGUGGCCACUCAGCCUCCAACAGGCAUGGAUAAUGACUUUUAUAGUAAAUUAAGUCCCUGUGCUACCAUUACGAGACAGUUUAAGGAUGACUUGCCCCCUCCACCUCCAGCCCCCAAUUUAGACCUUCCACCACCACCACCACCACCUCCUCCCGAGCCACUCAGCCAGGAAGAACAAGAGGCGCGAGCUAAAGCUGACAAAAUUAAACUUGCAUUGGAGAAGCUGAAGGAAGCUAAAAUUAAAAAGCUUGUUGUCAAGGUGCACAUGUAUGAUAACAGCACAAAGUCACUCAUGGUAGAUGAACGCCAGGUGACACGGGAUGUUUUAGACAAUCUCUUUGAGAAAACCCAUUGUGACUGCAGUGUGGACUGGUGUCUGUAUGAAGUCUAUCCAGAGCUGCAGAUUGAAAGGUUUUUUGAAGACCAUGAGAAUGUUGUUGAAGUGUUGUCAGACUGGACUCGAGACAGUGAGAAUAAGAUUCUAUUUUUGGAAAAAAGUGAAAAAUAUGCUUUGUUUAAAAAUCCGCAGAAUUUCUACCUGGCAAACAAGGGGAAGAAUGAAAGCAAAGAAAUGAAUGAUAAAAGCAAAGAAGCUUUACUGGAGGAAAGCUUCUGUGGGGCAUCUGUCAUUGUGCCAGAGCUUGAAGGGGCACUUUAUUUAAAAGAAGAUGGAAAAAAGUCCUGGAAGAGGCGUUAUUUUCUUCUGCGAGCUUCUGGAAUUUAUUAUGUACCCAAAGGAAAAACCAAGACAUCCCGGGAUCUGAUGUGCUUCAUUCAGUUUGAGAAUAUGAACAUUUAUUAUGGUUCUCAACACAAAGUGAAAUAUAAGGCACCUACAGAUCACUGCUUUGUCUUAAAGCAUCCCCAGAUUCAAAAGGAGUCACAAUAUAUCAAAUACUUAUGCUGUGAUGAUCGAGCCACCCUGCAUCAGUGGGUAACAGGAAUAAGAAUUGCCAAGUAUGGCAAGACAUUAUAUGAUAAUUACAAAUGUGCAGUGAAGAAAGCUGGCUUGUCUUCUCGGUGGACAAAUCAGGGGACGGUGGAACCAGCUGCCCCCACAGGAUCCUUAUCAGCAGGAGCUGUUCAGGCAAAUGGACAGAUUCCCCGGGUCAUUCUUCCCUCCAGUGCGGAAAUUGCAGCAGAGACUCAGAAGAAAGUGGAUCCACCAGAGGCUCAGGCAAAUGACAUCAAUGCACCUGGCCUGGCACCGCCAGCACUGAGGCACAAACAGCUGAAUAAGAGGAACUCGCUGCAGCCUCCUCCUCCACCUGAACGGCGGUCAUCGGCUGUUAGUGCUUCACCAGUCCUACCCUCCAAAGUGAAACGGGACAGCGGUAUUUUCCUAACAGACCCAGAAAGCUUUCCGGCACCACCGCCUUCCCUGAUGCUCAAUUUGCCACCACCGCCAGCACCAGCUGACCUCUGUGAACCUCCUCCUGAUUUUGUGCCUCCGCCGCCACCCCCAUCCAUCAGCAGCAGCAAUGCAGACCUGCCGCCACCCCCUCCGCCUCCACCCGUCUCCAAUAAGCCUCCAGCUCUGACAAAGAAACCCGUGCUGCUUCCCCCACAAAGGCAAGGGAACGCGGUACAAGACGGAGAGCCGAGAGCAGCUGGGCCGCCUCAGAUCGGGGGUGGAGGCAGGCAAGCAGAUUUCAUGUCUGACCUAAUGAAAGCUCUUGAGAAGAAAAGGGGCGGCAGCUCCUGAUGUGAGGACAGGUGAACUUUAAGCCAGAGCUGCUGUUGCGUCGCCGAAGGUCGUGCUGGAUCAGGCCCUACCACCAAAGGAAUUUUCUGAGAGUUCCCCCUGGGGGCUCCAAGAAGUGAGGAGGUGCCCUCUGCCCCCCACUUUCCCCCACAACCUGCUCCUUCCUCACCCCACACACCCUAAUGACCCCCCAGCAGCAGGAUGUCAGAAAUUGGCUGCAGCCUCUUUAUACUCCAUGGUGUGGUGGAGCAGCACUCAGUGCUGGCCAGUUCAGCAUACUUCUGUGGCUCCUCUUCUGUAGAAUUAGAACCAAAGGAAACCACACAACAGCAGUCUUGUGCCUAAGAAGUGGGAUCGUCCCUUUUAACGGAUUUCCCCUUAAGGGUUCUCUUUUAGAAAACCCCGCACUAUUUUAUUUUCACAAUCAAAAGACACCCUCCCCCCUCCUUUCUUUCCCCCAAAAGCAGCCUGUCUUAAAAAAAGAUUUUUUUCCCUCCCCUGUUCCUGCCUUUAAAUCUCAUUUAUUUGAUUAAUUUUCAAUAAAGAAAAAUUCUUACCUCAAAA